AUGCCCGUGAUGCCUUCCCUGGUGUGCCACCUCUUGGCGGGGUGCAUAUUUUUGUCAUCAACGAAGAACUUCUUGAGAGCCUGGAUGAUCUCUGGUGGAUUGACCACCAUCAUCGGAUAUAAUAAAACUAACUCAAUGACUAAGCACCGCAAGCCCAUUGCACGCUUUCUGCAUGAGGGUCUCUCUGGCCUUCUCCUUCAGUACCUGAUAUUCAUCAGGACUGUAGAGGAGGGGAGAGUAGGCGCGGUGGUGCCUGCGCCAUUACCUAUUCUAUACAGGGGAAGGCGAGACUGCCGAGACAGGCCUCUUGAGUACGCACUGAAGAAGGAAACAACGCAUUACCUCCAAGCGGGCCUGGACGUGCCAACUUAUAGGGGUGGUCUCGGCCCCCGUGUCUUUGCUCUCUUCCGUGCCACCAGCCGGUUAUGGCAUCACACCGUGCUGGGAUUGUCGGUAAAAGGUCAUGUGGCAGAACUGAAAGAGAUCCUGGACGACAAGUCGACCACAAACAGGCUUCUGGGAGAGGAAAACGAUGGUGGUGCGAACGAUGAUUCAGCAGCCUCCUUGAGCUUACGGGACCUGGUCAAGGAGGCGAUCCAUUAA